AUGGAUUUAGUAACACCAAUUUUGAAUCGCGGACAUCAUGUUUAUUGUGACAAUUAUUUCACUACGGUAGGACUAUUCGAGGAAUUACAACAGCAAGGAACUUACGCGUGUGGAACAUUUAGAUCCAACAGACGAGGAAUUUCGGACGAAAUAAAACAGCAGAAGCUGAAAGAACAAGGGACAUCUAUCAUGAUGCAGAAAGGAAACGUGGUUGCGACAGCCUGGAGGGACAAGAAGACCGUAUUCAUUUUAUCUACAAACUUCGAUCCAACAACGCCGAGGACAACAGUUCAACGAAGACAGAAAGACGGAAGUCAGAAAGAUGUUUCUUGCCCAGAGUCCGUACGAAAUUACACAAAGUACAUGAACGGUGUUGACCAUGCGGAUCAGCUACGGGCAAUGUACAGUCUAGCGCGCAAGUCAGCCAAGUGA